AUGGCCGAUCAGGAAGUGGAUCUGGAUUCGAUCAUCGACCGGCUUUUGGAGGUGAGGGGUAGCCGCCCUGGAAAGCAGGUUCAGCUGCUCGAGUCAGAGAUCCGUUUCCUCUGCACCAAGGCUCGUGAGAUCUUCAUCUCUCAGCCCAUUCUUCUUGAACUGGAAGCACCCAUUAAGAUUUGCGGCGAUAUCCACGGCCAAUACUAUGACCUCCUGCGUCUCUUUGAAUACGGCGGUUUUCCUCCGGAGGCUAACUACCUCUUCCUCGGUGACUACGUCGAUCGUGGCAAGCAGUCGCUCGAGACCAUCUGCCUCCUCCUUGCGUACAAGAUCAAGUACCCCGAGAACUUCUUCAUUCUGCGUGGAAACCACGAGUGUGCUUCGAUCAACCGUAUCUACGGUUUCUACGAUGAGUGCAAGCGCCGAUACAACAUCAAGCUCUGGAAGACUUUCACCGACUGCUUCAACUGCCUUCCCAUUGCCGCUAUCAUUGAUGAGAAGAUCUUCACCAUGCACGGUGGUCUGAGUCCCGAUCUCAACUCGAUGGAGCAAAUCCGCCGUGUCAUGCGUCCCACGGAUAUUCCCGACUGCGGUCUCCUGUGCGAUCUCCUGUGGUCCGACCCCGAUAAGGAUAUCACCGGCUGGAGUGAAAACGACCGAGGUGUUUCAUUCACAUUCGGCCCAGAUGUGGUCUCGCGCUUCCUUCAAAAACACGAUAUGGAUCUGAUCUGCCGUGCACACCAAGUUGUUGAGGAUGGAUACGAAUUCUUCUCCAAGCGCCAGUUGGUCACGCUAUUCAGUGCGCCCAACUAUUGUGGUGAAUUCGAUAAUGCCGGCGCAAUGAUGAGCGUGGACGAGAGUCUGCUCUGCUCCUUCCAGAUCCUGAAACCAGCCGAGAAAAAGCAAAAGUUCGGGCGGAGAUAA